UUGCCCUUUGUUUCAUUUCAGAUAAAUGCGCCAGCACACAAACAGACAGGCACGAGUCCAAGGGAUACGAAAUUGGCUCCCAGACCUGACAGAUGUUGUUUUCCCAACAAGAAUAACAACUCGGCCGAGCAGCUCAAGUGGAACCCAGCCGCACAUGGCAUUGGGCCAAGGCUUAUUUACAAAGCAGCAAAUGGAGUGUGUAUGAAAAUAGCAGAGACUAGAAUAACAACAGCAACAGCAAUAGAUCAAAACUGAUAAACUAAAACAAUAAACAAAUAAAUAAUCGUAUGCAAAAAUUAUCAGCAGAAGCCUAGAAGAGACAGAGCUCCAUAAAAUUGGCCAUAAAAUCAAAGCGACAACGACUGAGCCGUCCCAUAAAAAAGCGUCGAUUCUUCGGCUCCAGUAAACAAUUUAUAUUGCAUAUGUACAUAUACAUAUAUAAAACGAAUAAGUUUUAUUUGGCGAAUUCCGUCAACGUGUGCACAAACCAGGUCCUUGCACAUUGCGUAUACGCCACGUGUUGCCAGCGUCAGCAGAAAAUACAAACCGACAGUCAAAGUGAGUGAGUGAGAGAGAGAGAGAGAGAGCGAGAAAGAAAAUACAGUUUGACUUUAUUUUUGGCUAGGUGCUAAAUGCGUUUACAUAUCUCUGGCGCGGCAGUUGCCGCCUCCGUUACCAGUGCAGCGAAAUAGAAGUGAAAGUGCGAAGAUUCGCAUUAUUUCUGCGUAGGCAAACAUUAAUCUCUGGCUAGGCGAGGCGAGGGGCGCAGUAUGCUGCGCUUGUGGAAAAAUCGAUCCAAAAUGCGAAUAGACGCCGCUAGCAUGAGCAGCAGCAACACCACUAGUACCACUACCACCACCACCACCACCAGGACCACUUUCACCAACAGCAGACAGCCACAUCGCACCAAGCAGCUGGCACAGUUACUCAUUGGCAGCAUCCUCUGCAUGACAAUUGCAUCGCAUCCACAAACGAAGGCGGCGGCAACUGCCACGGCCGCAGUCACAGCUGGCUUCGAGGAGCGAGCGGUGGAGGCAUCCUCGUCAGCGGCUCUGGCCUUACCGGCGGCUCAAGUGUCAUCCCUGCUGCCCGAGGUGGGCGCCUUGUCGGCCACUGGGGUCCUGGUGGAGCCCUAUCUGGACGGCUUUGCCACAUCGAAUGUGACCACGCAGAUCGGCACACACGCCUAUUUGCCCUGUCGGGUUAAGCAGCUUGGCAACAAAUCCGUUUCCUGGAUUCGUCUACGUGAUGGCCACAUUCUCACAGUCGACAGAGCCGUGUUCAUUGCGGAUCAGCGCUUCCUCGCCCUCAAGCAGCCGGAUAAAUACUGGACGCUGCAAAUCAAAUAUGUGCAGGCGCGGGAUGCGGGCACCUACGAGUGCCAGGUCUCGACCGAGCCGAAAGUGAGCGCGCGCGUGCAGCUGCAAGUUGUUGUUCCUCGAACCGAAAUACUCGGCGAACCGGAUCGCUAUGUCAAAGCUGGCAGCAAUGUCGUCCUGCGCUGCAUUGUGCGCGGCGCCUUGGAGCCGCCGACGUUCAUCAUGUGGUACCACGGCACCGAGCAGCUGGCCGCCGAUUCACGACGCCAUCGCACGCAAUUGGACCCGAAUCUGCCAGAGGCCAGCGGCGAAGGGCAGAGCACGAUCGGCUCAUUAAUCAUCGAGUCGGCCAAGAAGCGCGACACUGGCAAUUACACUUGUAGCCCGUCAAACAGUCCCAGUGCGACGGUCACACUCAACAUAAUAAAUGCUAUGUCGAGGCGUACUUAG